UCUUUGGUGCUGCUUCAGUAGAUAAAUAUAAGUGAACCGGUCCGGAUUUACUCACCCCUGUGCUGACUCCUUUGACUUGUGAGUCCGUGCAGCGUUUCUCCAUUUUCACUCCAAAACCGAAAGAGAAGAAGGAGAGGCGACGCUCAGAACAGCGACCUCAGGCGCAUUGAGACGCGCAGAGAAGCCGCAGUCAGACCCGGUAUGGCGCUAUCAAAUGUCUUCGAAACUCCUGCAGCUGGGUUUAAUUUCGACAACACGUCAAGAAAUGCUGCAUUAGAGGGUCUUUUUGAUGGAGGACAGACACCUAAACCUAUGAAAACAGGCACCACCAUAGCAGGAGUGGUGUUCAAGGAUGGGGUGGUGCUGGGAGCAGACACAAGAGCUACCUCCAGUGAAGUGGUGGCCGACAAGAUGUGCGCAAAGAUCCAUUACAUUGCUCCAAAUAUAUAUUGUUGUGGAGCAGGUACAGCAGCAGAUACAGAGAAGACCACAGAUCUUCUCUCCUCCAACCUUACCAUCUUCUCUCUGAACAGCGGGAGGAACCCUCGUGUCGUCAUGGCCGUCAACAUACUACAGGAUAUGUUGUACAGGUAUCGUGGCCAAAUUGGUGCCAAUCUUAUACUGGGAGGAGUAGAUUGCACUGGGAACCACCUGUACACUGUGGGGCCUUAUGGGAGUGUAAAUAAGGUGCCUUACCUUUCAAUGGGAUCUGGUGAUCUGGCUGCUCUCGGGAUUCUAGAGGAUGGGUUCAAAGCCGACAUGGAGCUGGAGGAGGCGAAGGAGCUGGUGCGUCUUGCCAUCCACGCGGGCAUCAUGAGUGACCUCGGCUCAGGCAACAACAUCGACAUCUGCGUCAUCACCAGACAAGGAGUGGACUACAUCAGACCCUACCAGGUUUCAGAGUACAAAGACAACAGGAAAACUAAAUACAAAUACCGUCCAGGCACAACACCGGUUCUGACAGAGAAAGUAGUCCGCUUAAAGCUGGAGGUUGUGCAGGAGUCCAUGCAGCGGAUGGAUACAGCCUGAGCCACGACGCAGAAUCACACCAUAUAACACCACAGCAAUUAGCAGCAAAAUGAAAUUGUCUUUAAUUUGAUUACAUUUUCAAUCACCAGUUUUUAUAUAUAAGUAGUGAAACAUCUCAGACAUGUGAUUAACAAUGUAAUCAUGGUUUCUACUCUGCUGCUAUGCUUCACUGUGAUGUGAAAUAGUUUAGAAAUACUUAACGGGUUACUACAGUAAGCAGAGACACUGCUAGGCGAUACUGACUGUAAAAUGUUUU